AGAGAGAAGGAAGAAGCAGACAUUUGUCUUCCACCAUAUUCUUCUCAUCUUUUUUUCUUUUAUUUUCCGAUGAUAGAUUCUUCUUUCUUCUGCUUCUGCUUCUGCUCCUCCUUUGUUGUUGUUAGUUUCUUUCUUUUCUCCCAUUAGAUAAUCCACUCAAAACUCUCUCCUCCUCCAGCUUCCUAUUUCCUCACUUUCUAGCCACUUUAUUCCGCUCUUUCACUUCUUCAUUUCUCUCAUCAUCCUCAUCAUCAUCACACUCUAGAUUUCUCUUGGAACCAAACUCGUUGCGAAUUAUAUACUAGUACGAACUAGCUGUUGUGUUUUUUUUUUUUAAGUUUCCUGUUUUGGAUUUCGAGGAAUCUCACUUUGGGACUUUAACUCCCUGUUUCAAAGUUUCUACCUUUCUUUUUGUUUUGUUUUCUUCCUCUUAUCUUUCGUCAUCUUUGAUUAAGUAGUAACCUCCUUUGAUCUAAGCCCUUUGGAGGUUGUCUAAUCUGACACGUUCCUCUGUCUUCUUUUUUCCUCUCUUCUUGUUUCUGGGAAGCCUCUUCAAAGGGAUAACACACAAAAAAAAUAAAAAUAAUUGCUUUUGGAUUUUCUUGAUUCUCUCUGAUUCGUCCCCUUUUGUACAGGGUUAUUUUUUUGUUUGGUUCUGGUUGUGGGGGGAGCUUCUCUUAGUUGAAUUGAGUUUGUAAAAAUCACUCUGUUUCUUUUUUUUUUGGGGGUUGAUCCUGUUUUCAAGUAGUGGAUGAGUUUGUUCCAUGUACUAGGGUUUGGUGUCAAGAUUGGGCAUCUCUUCUGGAUGCUAUGCUGCUGGUUCGUUUCUUGGUUCGUUGAUAAUGGGAUCGAGGACAACAACAACAACAAGUCUGGUCUUCUAGUUGGCUCUGUCGGUGAUCUUGAGAAGACGAACAAGAUGACUACCUUGAAGAAGAAGAACUUCUUUAAUAGGAUCUCCACUUGCGGACUCAAGAUCCCCAGCUUCUCUUAUCAGUUUCUUGGCUCUGUUAAAUUCAACAAGACUUGGUGGAGGAAGCUUGUCGUCGCUUGGGUCGUCUUCUGGCUCUUGGUCUCUAUUUGGACCUUCUGGUACUUUAGCUCUCAAGCUAUGGAGAAGAGGAAAGAGACUCUUACUAGUAUGUGCGAUGAGAGGGCUCGUAUGCUUCAGGAUCAGUUCAACGUUAGCAUGAAUCAUGUUCAAGCCAUGUCUAUCUUGAUUUCCACCUUCCACCAUGGCAAGAUUCCUUCUGCUAUUGAUCAGAGGACAUUCUCCGAGUACACUGAUAGAACUUCCUUUGAGAGGCCUCUCACGAGCGGGGUCGCAUAUGCUAUGAGAGUGCUCCAUUCAGAGAGGGAAGAAUUUGAGAGGCAACAAGGUUGGACUAUUCGGAGGAUGGAUUCUCUUGAGCAAAAUCCAGUUCACAAGGAUGAAUAUGACCCGGAAGCUUUGGAACCAUCCCCUGUUCAAGAGGAGUAUGCUCCAGUCAUCUUUGCUCAGGACACUGUUUCUCAUGUAGUUUCUCUCGAUAUGCUGUCUGGGAAAGAAGACCGCGAAAAUGUGUUGCGGGCGAGGAGAUCAGGGAAAGGGGUUUUGACAGCUCCUUUUCCAUUGAUAAAGACAAAUAGACUUGGGGUUAUCCUGACAUUUGCAGUCUACAAGAGAGAUCUUCCUUCAAAUGCAACGCCAAAAGAGAGAAUUGAGGCUACUAAUGGGUAUCUUGGUGGAGUGUUUGACAUUGAGUCACUGGUGGAAAACUUGCUUCAGCAGCUGGCUAGCAAGCAAACAAUUCUUGUCAAUGUAUACGAUACCACCAAUCACUCCCAGCCGAUUAGCAUGUAUGGUUCAAAUGUGUUCGUUGAUGAGUUGGAACGUGUUAGUCUACUAAACUUUGGCGAUCCAUUUAGAAAGCAUGAAAUGCGUUGCAGAUUUAAGCAGAAACCACCAUGGCCAGUGCUAUCAAUGGUCACAUCAUUCGGCAUCCUUGUGAUUGCGUUGCUUGUUGCACAUAUAAUCCAUGCAACUGUGAGUCGGAUAACCAAAGUUGAAGAAGAUUGCCAUAAAAUGGAGCAGCUCAAGCAAAAGGCUGAAGCAGCAGAUGUUGCAAAGUCACAGUUCCUUGCUACUGUUUCACAUGAAAUCAGAACUCCAAUGAAUGGUGUUCUUGGAAUGUUGCAUAUGCUUAUGGACACAGAGUUAGAUGUUACGCAACAGGAUUAUGUGAGGACUGCACAAGCAAGUGGGAAAGCUUUAGUCUCACUAAUAAACGAGGUUUUGGACCAAGCAAAGAUUGAAUCUGGAAACCUUGAGCUUGAGGACGUGCGGUUUGAUUUGAGAGGAAUAUUAGAUGAUGUCCUGUCACUCUUCUCUGGAAAGUCCCAACAAAAAGGGGUAGAGUUGGCAGUAUACAUAUCUGAUCGUGUUCCAGAGAUGUUAAUUGGCGAUCCUGGGAGGUUUCGACAAAUACUCACAAAUCUUAUGGGUAACUCCAUUAAGUUCACUGAGAAAGGACACAUCUUUGUAACUGUUCAAUUGGUGGAGGAGCUAUUUGAAUCUAUCGAUGGAGAGACAGCAUUGACUCCGGAAGGUACACUUAGCGGGCUUCCAGUUGCAGACGGGCAGAGGAGCUGGGAAAACUUUAAAGCUUUCAGCUCCAAUGGGCAUCGGAGCUUUGAACCAUCUCCACCAGAUAUCAACCUUAUCGUCUCAGUUGAAGAUACUGGCAUAGGAAUCCCUUUAGAAGCACAGUCCCGUAUAUUCACGCCUUUCAUGCAAGUCGGACCAUCCAUAUCCCGGACGCAUGGAGGCACAGGGAUUGGACUUAGCAUAAGCAAAUGUCUAGUUGGACUGAUGAAGGGAGAAAUUGGAUUCUCGAGUACUCCCAAGGUCGGGUCCACAUUCACAUUUACUGCUGUGUUUUCCAAUGGCAUGCAGCAAACUGAAAGAAAAAACGACCCGCAGAACAACAACAACCAGCUCAUGUGCUCGGAAUUUCGGGGCAUGAAAGCUGUGGUUGUUGACCAUCGGCCUGCUAGGGCGAAAGUUUCGUGGUACCAUUUUCAGCGGCUGGGAAUUCGAGUCGAAGUAGUUGCACGUGUUGAACAGGCUCUACAUUAUAUGAAGAUUGGUACCACCACUGUGAAUAUGAUUCUUAUAGAGCAAGAGAUAUGGAAUAGGGAAGCAGAUGUGUUCAUUAAGAAGCUGCAGAAAGAACCUCUUGUCCUUUCUCCUAAAUUGUUUUUGUUAGCAAACUCAGUAGAAUCGUCAAUGCCAGAUGCUUUUUGCAACGGUACAGAUCCUCCAAUAGUGAUAGUGAAACCAUUGAGGGCAAGUAUGCUAGCAGCAACUUUGCAGAGGGGAUUGGGUAUUGGAAACAGGGAGCCACCUCAACACAAGGGACCUCCUGCUUUAGUUCUCAGGAAUCUUCUACUUGGUAGGAAAAUAUUAAUCGUGGAUGAUAACAACGUAAAUCUCAGAGUGGCAGCAGGAGCUCUGAAAAAGUAUGGGGCUGAUGUGGUGUGCGCUGAGAGCGGGAUAAAGGCAAUCUCAUUGCUUAAGCCACCCCACGAGUUUGAUGCUUGCUUCAUGGACAUUCAGAUGCCAGAAAUGGAUGGAUUUGAGGCAACGAAGAGAAUACGGGAUAUGGAAGAGGAGAUGAACAAGAGAAUACAGAAUGGGGAGGCAUUGAUAGUAGAGAACGGUAACAAAACAAGCUGGCAUCUCCCGGUAUUAGCAAUGACAGCGGACGUGAUUCAAGCAACGCAUGAGGAAUGUCUAAAGUGUGGAAUGGAUGGGUAUGUAUCAAAACCCUUUGAAGCAGAGCAGCUGUACAGGGAAGUUUCUCGGUUUUUCAAUUCACCUUCAGAUACAGAAUCAUGAAAACCAAAAAAAAGGAUGGGGUGUAAAGAAGAACGGCGAUGGAAACACAAAAAAAAACUCGUGUCUCCUUAGCAUCUUGAAGUAGUAGAAAAAAAAAAAAGAAAAGAUUAUGACGAUUGCAAAAAGAGUGUAUAUAGAAAGGGCGAUGUGACCAUAUUUGUGGCCAGGCCAAGAAGUUAGACCAGUUUCUCUUCUGUAAAGUUUUUUUCUUUUGUCUUCUCUCUGAUUGGGAGACGACCAAAAAACUUGUGGUUUGUAGAUGAGAGUAGGAGGUGGGAAUGUCUCUGACUCUAGAGUUGGUUUGGACAGGGAAAGAAGAGUACGUGUGUAAAAGUGUUGUCUUGUGUGUAAAAUGAUGAUUUUAGGGAUUCUUGUAGUAGAAGAACAGUUGAAGGUUUGUUCGUUUAUCAAAUCGUCCAGGAUAGGGGAGUGGACACUAGUACAUUACCUUUAUACAUAUAUACACUGGCACUUUUGUGAUAAGUAAAAAAGUUGAAGAUGGCUUUAUA